AAACUCCCGUCUAAACAAAGGCGUGUGUCCCAGCAAACACUCUGCCCCACAUUCCUUUGAGAGAGUGACGUCUUGAAGGGCCUGUCCGUGUUGGGAGCGCCAAGCGAACUCCACCGCCAGGCCAAAGGCGAGAGAGAGAGAGAGAGGAAGGAAGCGCCGAAGAACCAAGCUGUGUCUUCUUAGGAAGUAGGAAAAGCGGAAGGUGCGCGCCGCCGCCGCCCGCUACGACUUCUGCCUGGCUUGAGCCCCCGUGCUUCCCGUACCCGGCCGGAGCGCGGAGGAGGACGGGCCAAAAUGGCGGCGGGAGGGGAAGUUUUGAGAGGAAGCGGCCGCCGGACGAGAAAUUGGAGCAAGACUGAGAUUGCAGUAGACGUACCAGCAAAAGAAGUUCUACUUGUUACUCCAGCUGAGGACCCAGCAGCACCAAGCAUGACUUCAAUAAUCCAAGACUAUUGUUGGUGAAACUAUACUCAAGAAACCUGAUUUUGCAUCAUAUUCCUUAAAUGAAAUUCAAGCUCUCAUUUUCUGUGAAGUGGAUAAAAGCCCUACUAACCAGCUUACAUGUGUAGAUCAUUGCGUUACUGUGUUAGCCAUUGUCUCUAUGCAGCAAUGACAAGACUGGAAGAAGCAAAUCGAGAAAUGAACAUGCACUCCUCUGUCCGGUAUCUGGGCUAUUUAGCCAGAAUUAAUUUACUGGUUGCGAUAUGUAUGGGCCUUUAUGUCAGGUGGGAAAAGACUGCGGAUGCAUUAAUACUCGUAAUAUUUAUCCUAGGACUUUUUGUUCUUGGGAUUGCCAGUAUACUUUAUUAUUAUUUUUCAAUGGAAGCAGCAAGUUUAAGUCUCUCUAACCUUUGGUUUGGAUUUUUAAUUGGCCUUCUCUGUUUUCUUGAUAAUAAUUCUUUCAAAAACGACGUGAAAGAAGAAGCAACCAAAUAUUUGCUGCUUUCCUCAAUAAUUAUAAGAAUAUUAUAUGCAUUGGUUCAAAGAAUAUGUGGCUGCAUUCAUCAUCGACCCACUUUACUGACAACAGUUGAAUUUCUUGAGCUUGUUGGAUUCGCAAUCGCCAGCACUACUAUGUUAGUAGAAAAAUCCAUGAGCAUUAUCUUAUUGGUUGUGGCCUUGGCAAUGCUGAUUAUUGACUUGCGCAUGAAGUCUUUCCUAGCAAUUCCCAAUUUGGUAAUCUUUGGAGUCCUUGCCUCUUUAUUAUUUUUUCCAUCCUUAAACAUACCAACCAAUCCAUUUGCCUUGGGAUGCUUUUUUAGCUGUUUAGUAACAGACCCUCUUCUUGACAUUUACUUCAGUGGCCUCUCAGUAACAGAACGUUGGAAACCUUAUUUGUAUCGUGGAAGAGUCUGCCGAAGAUUUUCAGUCAUUUUUGUCGGACUUAUUGAACUUAUUUCUUUUAUUCUGUCAGCCCUUAAAUUAGGCGAUUUGGAUCGCUGGUAUUUUGUGAUUCCAGGUUUUUCUAUUUUCGGCAUUUUUUGGAUGGUGUGCCAUGUCAUUUUUCUUAUAACUCUCUGGGGAUUUCAUACAAAAUUAAAUGACUGUCACAAAAUCUAUUACACGCACAGGGCAGAGAACAACAGCCUUGAUAGAGUCAUGGCAUCUAAAGGAAUGCGCCAUUUUUGCUUGAUUUCAGAGCGGCUUGUCUUUUUCAGCCUUUUUUCAACAGCCAUUUUGGGUGCUGUAUGUUGGCAGAAAUCCAAUGGAAUCUUCAUGAGCGUGUUUCUGAUUGUUUUGCCUCUUGAAUCCAUGGCUCAUGGCCUUUUUCAUGAACUGGGAAACUGCUUAGGAGGAACUUGUGUUGGCUAUGCAGUUGUGAUUCCUACAAAUUUCUGCAGCCCUGAUGGCCAGCCGACAUUGCUACCGCCCGAACAUGUACAAGAACUAAAUUUGAGAUCAACAGGCAUGCUGAAUGCCAUUCAAAGGUUUUUUGCGUAUCAUAUGAUAGAGACUUACGGUUGUGACUACUCCACAAGUGGACUUUCUCUUGAUACACUUCAUUCUAAGCUGAAAUCAUUUCUUGAACUUCGGACACCUGAUGGACCCCGACAUGAUACCUAUGUGUUAUAUUACAGUGGCCACUCUCACAGUUCUGGGGAGUGGGCUCUUGCAGGGGGGGAUGCACUACGUCUUGACACACUUUUGGAAUGGUGGAGGGAGAAGAAUGGCUCUUUCUGUUCACGGCUGAUCAUAGUGCUGGACUGCGAGAACUCUCAGCCUUGGGUCAAAGAAGUAAGAAAAGUCAGCGACCAGUACAUUGCAGUUCAAGGUGCAGAAUUGGCCAAAGUGAUAGACCUAGAAGAAUCAGACCCUCCCCACCUUGGUGAUUUCACUAGAGAAUGGGUGGAAUACAACUGUAAUCCCGACAGUAACAUCAGCUGGUUUGAAAAGGGGCGUACGGUGAAAGCCCUCUAUGGAGUGUCAAAGCGAUGGAGUGACUACACUUUACACUUGCCAACUGAAAGCGAUGUUGCCAAACACUGGAUGACGUAUUUCCCACGCAUCACUUACCCGCUGGUACACCUGGCAAACUGGUUCUGUGGUCUUAAUCUUUUCUGGAUAUGCAAAGUGUGUUUUCGGUGUUUGAAAAGAUUAAAAAUGAAUUGGUUUCUUCCCACAGUAUUGGACACAGGGCAAGGCUUCAAACUUGUCAGAUCUUAAAGAACCAAAGAUGAGCAGAACUUGAGAACUCGUAGAUCUUGAAAACAUAACGGACUUGUAACUGUUUUAUUUGUAACAGUUUACUGUUUGAUAAAAAUUGCUACUUUUGUGGCUAUAUUCCUUUGCUCAUUAUCCUGAGCAACUAUAGUUUUGUGAAGGAUAAGAAACUCCAUUGGAUAACAAGGGCAGUAUAGAUAUUAGAUAUUAAUUUAACACUGUUAUUGAGUUGGAUCUGAAUUGUUUAAAAGCUAUUAAAUACACCCAUGCACUUGCGAAGAAGUUGUGUGCACUUGUUUGCUUUGGAUAGAAUAGUAAAAAAAAAAAUAAUACCAGAUUUUGUACUAUUAGGUUAGAAUAUCCAUAUCAGUCCUGCGUGAAAGGGGAAGAGCUGGCUUAGGCUGGUUCUACACUGAUCUAUAUCCCAGGAUCCGAUCCCAGAUUAUCUGUUUUGAACUGGUUUAUGAGAGUCUACACUGCCAGAUAGUCUGGGAUCAGAUCCUAGGAUAUUGGGCAGUGUAAUCCAGCCUGAGAGGCUCCUUUUGCUUUGGUGCAUUUCAAGGCUCCAACAAAAGACAAUGAAUCAAAAUUAAACAAAGUUCUCUGGCAAGUAGAGCUAACUUUAAGGCUAGUCCAGUUCACAUUAAGUGAAUGUAAGGUGGAUAGGUUUUUUGGCAACUUCCAUAUAUAACACAUGUAGAAUUACAAGAUUAUGAAUGUUACUGAUAUUGGCAACAUUUCUUUCCAAGAAUUUUUCCAACAAUAUUUUCAUGUAGGAAAUUACAGUUAAUAACUGAUACUAGUUUCAAAAGAUCCCAAUAUCUUCCAUUACAAAUCAAAGAAAGGCAGCCACUAUCGAUUUGUGGAAUUAAAAAGAAAUAGACUUAGUAUCAAAUCAGUGUUGUCUUCUUUGCUAAUUUUACAAGGUUCUGAAUUAGUGGAGCAAAUUACCUUCAUCAUAAGGGAGCAAAUUACCUUCAUCAUAAGGGAAUUAGAAAAGCUAUUGGUGAGAUAAACAACCUGUUCUUUGGCUUCCGAAUCUGGUUUUAAUCCUAAGUAAAGCCUAGAGCAGUGUUUCUCAAACUCUGCUACUCUAGGUGUCUUGGACUUCAGGUCCCAGAAAACGCAGCCAGCUUACCAGCCAUUAAGAAUUGUGGGAGCUGAAGUCCAAAACAUCUGGAGGAGCAGAGUUUGAGAAACACUGGCCUAGAGCAUGAGCUGGAAAAAUGUACUUGUCUGAAACAGAUAUUAAGACACUUCCUUAAUAUCUAGCUCUUAGAUUUUAGACUGGUAUCUCCAUAACAAAAUACUAUAUAUAACCACACUUCUUUAAUUUUAGCACUCUGUUCUAACUUAAAUUUUAAUCACUGUAAUCCCUUCCAACCCUAGUUUUCCUUAUUGGAGAGGUUUAAUUGGUAAGCUUCUAUCUCAUUGAUCUUCCAAAGUGUAUUAUGGCAUGAUGAAAAUUUAAUACCAAGGCAAAGCUUUUCCUGAUUAUUUUUAAACAUACCUAGUUGCAUCCAUAUUCUUGUAUUGACUUUUUAAAAUGAAAAUCUAUUUAUAACUCUUUUUCAGCUGUGAAAAUUUCUGCCAGACACUAAAAAAAUGUAUUCACAAUUUAAGGCAAUAAGAACAGUUUUUAUGUCCAAAAAUGAUGCACUUUGCAGAAUUCUGCUUAGAAGUAUAUCCAAAAAACCUUACCAAUGGGAGUUCCACUGCACAAGAAGCCUUUCUCUUCAGUCAAUCAUGGUUUUUUCAUUUCAGGAAAGUACAGGUGGCAGAUCCUUCAUUUUCAUUAACCACAAUAGAACUCAUGCUCUGUUGAGACUCGCAGCCCUGAACUCUCCAAUUUGCUGGUAGAGAUUAUCAUGAAGCAGGUUGUACAACCCAGGCAUUGCCAUUUUUGACCCUCCGUAAUGACUGAAAUGGAAUGGAAGUCUGAUCCAAUGUGAGAGAUGAUACUCCAAAAGGAGUUAUAUACACAUCUUGCUAAGACUUGCCAACAAAAUGGCUUGUUCUGAGACUUAUGGUGAUUGUUAUAUAUGUAAACAAAUCCAAACAAGAUCAGCAAUACUCUUGCCUUGGGCUGAGGAAGAAGACUUUAAAAUACUUUAUUGUGAUUUUGGAACAAGUUUAACCAAAAUGAUCCUCUUCAAUUCCAGAUUAUUAGUGUUCAGAGACCUAUAUAACAUCAUCCUCAGUGGAGUUCAAGAGACCAGACUGAAAGUGAUUUUCUAUGGCCGGCUUCUCCUGUUUUAUUUUUUUAAUGAAAGACUGUUUUAUAUUGAAAUGUUUCUGGGCAAAGAUUAUCUUGGCUCUUUAUGCUUUAUUUGUCCUCUUUUUAUACCUCUCAUUUCCUAUAAUGUGCAAAUGCUGAUAACUCCAAAUUGCUUACAUCUAAUUGCAAAGCGGAUAGAUAAGCAACCUCUGCAAAAAGGUUAAGCCAUUUCCUUUGUAUGACAAUUGCACUUUCAUCUAUUCCAAUUUCCUUAGCAAUGUUUUGAAGUGUUUUUCCUUUAGUCUUGGAAAGUUAACAUUUCUCUUUGAUAUACUGUGUUUCCUUGGGGUUAUAAAAUGCUAAACUAACUUAACAGUGAGCUAAACCUGUGUGUUUAAAGGGUUUAUUGCCAGCAGUGGGUAAUUUCCUUCUUACCAUUCAGGGUUUUUAAAACUGAACUUGUUCUAUAAAAAUAUUAUUUAAAUA